ACAGUCAUUCCCCCCUUGGCAAAAAAGCAGCCUCAAGAUCCUUUCUCACUGAUUUUCAUUUUAUCUUAUUUUUUAAAAAUGUAUGAUUAUAAAUUAAAAUCAAUAGAUAAAAUGCAGCAUCAAAUCUGAUUAUAAUCCUGAAGCCCACCCCUUGAAUUUUUCCAUUAUCUCUUCGAUCUCUUUCUCAAAUUCAAUUGGAUUUGGAUCCCGAAGAAAGAAGAAAACCACCCAAUAAUCAUUGAAUUUUAUUUUAUUAUAUAUAUUGUUAAAUUUGAUUGAUUCGGUUGUGUAAAAACAACAAGGAAUUGAAGGGCGGGGAUGGAAAGAUUGUUAAUUAAUUCUAAAUCAAAGAGAGUUUAAGAAAUCAAAGGAUGCCAGGAUUAGCGCAAAGAAAUGAGCAAUAUAGUAGUGCUUCAUUCGGGUUUUGGUCUAAGCAUCGCGACGAUGUUAGCUACAAUCAACUUCAGAAGUUCUGGAGUGAGCUUCCAUUACAAGCUCGACAGGAGCUUCUUAGAAUUGAUAAACAAGCCCUUUUUGAGCAAGCUCGCAAGACUAUGUACUGCUCCAGAUGUAAUGGGCUACUGCUUGAACGGUUUUUACAGAUUGUCAUGCAUGGAAAAUCCUUGCAGCAGGAGGGUGUAGCUGGUAGCCUUCCUUACAACAGUUCAGGAGUCACAAAAAACCAUAGUGAUGGUGGAUGGAGUAUGACGAAUGGGUCACAAGAUGAAAUUCAAAAUCCAUCUGUCCAUCCUUGGGGAGGUUUGACAACAAACCGUGAUGGGUCACUGACACUUCUUGACUGCUAUUUGUGCUCAAAGUCGCUCAAGGGUCUCCAAAAUGUGUUUGAUAGUGCACGUGCAAGAGAGAGGGAACGUGAAUUGCUUUAUCCUGAUGCUUGUGGUGGGGGAGGUAGGGGUUGGAUUAGCCAAGGUAUUGCUAGUUAUGGAAGAGGUCAUGGAACAAGAGAAACAUGUGCCCUGCACACUGCCAGGCUUUCUUGUGAUACCUUGGUGGAUUUCUGGUCAGCUCUUGGAGAAGAAACUCAGCAAUCUCUUUUAAGAAUGAAGGAAGAAGAUUUCAUUGAGAGGCUCAUGUACAGGUUUGACAGCAAAAGGUUUUGCAGAGAUUGCAGAAGAAAUGUUAUCCGUGAGUUCAAGGGGCUGAAGGAACUAAAGCGCAUGCGUAGAGAACCUCGAUGCAGUAGUUGGUUUUGUGUUGCAGAUACAGCGUUUUUAUACGAGGUAUCUGAUGACACCAUCCAGGCUGAUUGGCGUCAAACUUUUGCCGACACAAUCGGAACUUACCACCACUUUGAAUGGGCAGUUGGAACUGGGGAAGGAAAAUCAGAUAUCUUGGAAUUUGAAAAUGUUGGCAUGAAUGGGAGUGUUCAAGUCAAUGGUUUGGAUCUUGAUGGCUUGAGUAUAUGUUAUAUCACUCUGAGGGCCUGGAAAUUUGAUGGCCGCUGUUCUGAGUUUUCUGCAAAAGCCCAUGCAUUAAAGGGCCAACAAUGUGUGCAUUGCAGGCUUGUAGUUGGAGAUGGUUAUGUUACAAUCACGGGGGGAGAAAGUAUUAGAAGUUUUUUUGAGCAUGCCGAAGAGGCAGAGGAAGAAGAGGAUGAUGAUUCCAUGGACAAGGAUGAAAAUGAGCUUGAUGGGGAAUGCCCACGUCCACAACAGCAUGCGAAGAGUCCUGAGCUUGCUCGAGAGUUUCUUCUUGAUGCAGCAACUGUUAUUUUUAAGGAACAGGUUGAAAAGGCAUUUCGGGAAGGAACAGCACGCCAGAAUGCACAUAGUAUCUUCGUUAGUCUUGCUGUUAAGCUGUUGGAAGAACGUGUUUAUGUUGCAUGCAAGGGAAUUAUUACUUUAGAAAAGCAGAUGAAGCUUCUUGAGGAAGAAGAGAAGGAAAAGCGUGAAGAAGAAGAACGCAAGGAGAGGAAAAGAACAAAAGAACGGGAGAAAAAGCUUAGGAGAAAGGAGAGACUGAAAGGAAAAGAAAGAGAGAGAGAGAAAAAAUCUGCUGAAAGUAUAACUCCUGUUUCUCCUAAUAUUGCAAAGGAAGAUUCUUCAUUAGCUGUCGAGGUUUUAGAAAAUAUUGCUAUUACUUGCAGAGACUCUGUGAGUGACACAGGAGAUAUUAGAGUGUCUGGACCUGGUUCUCCAGAUGUUCAAGCAGACCAGUUUUUAGAUGGGAAUUCCACUUCAAGUUUGCAGAAUCACUCUUUUGAUAGUUCUAAUGGAGAAGGUACAAAGAUAAAAGAUGGAAAUGACCCUUUUAUAAUGGAACAAUCAAAAUUUUCUCGUCGGAGAUUGAAAUUUCACAAGGAUAGUCAGCUCGAUCCGUUCACUAAAUGGUCUGAUCGAUGUUGGUUUGCUGUUGUUUCAGAAAGUGCUCCUGUUAAUAGAUCUGACAAACAUCAAAGUGAAAACUUUGAGGCUUCUUCGAGGAACUUCAAUGGAUUAAAUAGGCAAUCAAGGAUAAGCAACGCAAAGUCCAACGGUCGGAAUGGUAGUGUUAAGUAUACCGAGAAAUUUCGGUGUUCCAAUGGCUGGAGUGAUAGAUAUGACUUUUACUCCUGCAGCUGCAGCCAACACAAUGAACACAGAGCCAAGAUUGAGCCACAUGUGUCUGCAACUAGAGUUGGUCAAGAGCCCAAAUCUGUGAGCAAGACAGAAUCUAAGUUUGCUAUGUCCAAGCAGGUAUAUGGUGGUAACAAGUAUAAUCAACAAGUUCACAUGCGUGAAUAUUGUGGGAAGCUGAAACAUAAAAUUGUUUGCGGAAACAAUCCUACCGGUCGAGAUUCACUUCACUCUAAGAAAGUUUCGAAGCCCUCAGAAGCGCAUAAAAUGUACCCCCGAAGCAACUCUGAUACAUAUAUUACUUUGAGGUCAUCUACUUACAAUAAAGGGGAUGGGCCUGAUGAUAACUUUGUUAAUCCAUCCAGUAAGGCGUGCUCAAGUGAAGCUAGUGCAAAUUUGGGAGAAAUUGAUCAUGCGCGUAGCAAGGUUAAUACAUCAAGAAACUCCAACCUUGCAACAAAUAAUGACUGUCAUGUGGAAACACAGAAUCAAUGUUCUUCACUUAAUGCUGGGUGUGAGAAAGCUGGAAAUUUUCCUAACAGAAACCCUAGCUUGAAUGGUAUUCCUCAUACUAUGAUUAGUAGCACUUGUAAUUCUGAUAACUUCUCUUCAUGCAUUAGUGAAGGAGAUAGCAAUACCUCCUCUUCACAUCAUGGAAAUUUGGGAUCUUCGUCAACAUCAGAUUCUGAAGACGCCUGUCAACAAUCAGAUAGGAGAGAGACUUCAAUCUGCAUUCAAAAUGGCUUCUCUGAGUUUCAGGUGAAAGGAAUGGAUAAAAAGCAGGAAGUCAAUAGAGGGGUUGAUCCGGAAAGGCAGGCAUUGUUUGGACAUCCACCAGAUGGUCCUGGGAACAAAGCUCCCGGAAAUCCGCCUACAAAAACUGCUGAAAAUUCUGAUAAUGGAAAACCAACUGCCUUUAUGGGUUCUCAGCAUCAAGGCAUGUUUGCAUCAGUGCAUAGCCAACAUGUACAAUUUCCAGUGUACCAAGCUCCUUCAACCAUGAGUUACCACCAUCAGAAUCCUGUUUCGUGUCUAGCAACUCCAUCUAAUGGUUUAGUGCCUUUCCCUCCUCCAAACCCAUAUCUUUAUACCGGCCCUCUUGGCUAUGGUCUAAACGGAAACUCACAUUUAUGCAUGUCAUACGGCACUCUGCAGCAUUUAGCUGCUCCACCGUUUAACCCCUGUCACGUUCCAGUUUAUCAGCCAGUUUUGGAGGCCAGUGGCUUGUAUGCAGAGGAACGAACCCAGAUUCCCAAGUCUUGUACAACAAUUGAAGCUUUCACCGAAUGUAACCCACAGAAGGUUGUUCCUGGCAGGCUGCAUGCUACAGAACAAGCAGCAAAUAGAGAAGGUAGGCAAAACGAUGACACUAGCUUUUCCUUGUUCCAUUUUGGUGGGCCUGUGGCUCUUUCAACAGGAUGCAAAUCUAAUCCUGUACCUUUGAAAGAUGAGAUUGUGGAAGAAAUUUCUUCCCAGUUUUCAGCGGAUCAUGGUUGCAAUAAAAAGGAGUCUACAGUUGAACAGUACAAUUUGUUUGCAGCGAGUAAUGGGAUAAGGUUUUCCUUCUGAUGAUACAGUGGUUGAGGUACCUACCUUCUUUCCCAGGGUUUUCGAGACUACUUUAUAACUAGGUAUAUACAAUAAUCUAAAAUCUAAGUUUAGCUUAUAGUUUCUUAGUAGAUUGUUUACCCUAUGUGUGUUAUUUUCUUUAUUGAAUGUAGAGAAAA